AUGGGCUGUGCCGGACCAAUACCACGACAAGUCGAGUGUUAUUCAUGUAUGUCACUAUCUUAUCAGACAAGUUGGAAAUAUCUCCAAGCCACCUAUAUUUAUCCAAAAGUUUUCACCGAUCGCUGCCGUGACCCGAACAGCGAGCGUGGAAUGCCUACAGUUAUGUGCAGCAGUGUAUGUGUGUCGUUAAUGGAGCCAGAUGUGGAAGCUGGAGUCUUCAUCGGAUUCAAACACAUACGCGGAUGUUUGGAUCGUGUCCUGAGGCACGGAUUCAAUCAAUCAGCACUCAGAACUCAUCGAUUUCAUCAGAAUAAUCACUGUCGAACGCUGUCUCGAAGUGCUCUAUUCAAUCCGGCCAGGACCACAGAUCCACCGGCUCUCGGCGACGUCCAAUUGUGCUCGUGUUACGGUGAUCGAUGUAACAACAGUAAUCCAAUGAUGACGUCAUCAAUCGUUUUCAUGAUCAUUCUCAUGAUUUUUGUACAUUGGGUCAUUUGA